AUGUCUGACUCAGUUAGUCACAAGCCUCCUCAAGGAGUGAAAACGUCCGACUACAAGUUCGAAAUUAUUGUAACGGGUCCUAAAGCAUCUAUACAAGAUUCGGUACAAGUAGCGAAUACCAUCAAAAAGGAACCACAAAUGACUUCUACCUCCGGAACUUCAAAUAAUGACGCGUCCUUCGAUACCCAGGAAGAAGUUGAUUUGAUGAAUUUUGAUGAAGAUUACUUAAAUUUUGACUUUAAUAAUUAUGCUACUAGGGAAGUAGAUUGUAAUGUACAACAUAUAUCUACGAUUGAUCAACUCUUGUGUGAUCUUGAUUUCGGAAGAGAUAUUUUAUUCGCCAAAGCAAAUUAUGUACCAGAGGAUGAAAUAACGCAAAAUAAGCAGAUUACAUCAAAACUUUCGGAGCAACUAACACAUCAUGAAAUUCCUGUAAAGGAUAAUAAUAAAAUGAGAUCACCGUAUAAACCCACAGAUGUCCCGUCUGUUUCAUCUCUUAUGAAGGAGGUACAACUUUCUGAACCUUCUCUUACAACGAAUGGAACACUACCGAAAGAUGCAAUUCGUACUUAUAUCUCGAAGGAGACACAAACGAUUAGUUCUUCUCGUGUUGAUGAGGUCGCUACAAAAUUAACUUAUACCACCAAGGGGACGCAAACUGAUAUAUUUGUUCCGGCGACGGAAACGAUAUAUCAAAAACCAAAAAAAAGAAUAAUAUACUCUUUUGUUGAAUUGUUGAUAUAUCAAUUUUCACCUCUUACAAAGGAGUUGCAUGAUGUUGUGGGUAGGAGAUUCAACAGAGCCGUCAUUGAUUACGAUUUAUUACAAAACAGUUCUCAAUCAAGAAACAAUCAACCUCGGUACCCUGGUGUACAACGAGGUACGAUUAUUCCCCCAAAACGAUAUGGACGAUAUGGAGCUUUGGAUCCUAGAUAUGAAAACGAUAGAUUUGCAGCAUCGCCUAUAAGAAAACAUUUUGAGAGCCCGUCGGAACUUUCCUUUCUUAAAGAAUGCGUAUCUGCCCACAAUAGGUGGAUAGCAUUGUUGAGAGAGAAGGAAUUGCGGUUAAGCUGCUUAAAGGAAUUUAAAGAAUGUAAGAGUAUGAAAUGGAUCAAUGCUCACAUGAGCCUCACUAAUGAGCAUUCUGAAAAUUGUUUGACACAUAAAAUGGGCAUAGAUCAACAAAUUAAAGCAAAUUCUCACGAAAAAGAUCAUUUCGAAGAGGAAGACGGACAUUAA